GUGAAGGUCAUACUGCAGCUCGUGUUAUUUAACGUUCGGCAAGAACAUCUGUUUAUUUCAAUUAAAAUUAGUAAAUUACACGAUGUUAGGCUUACGAGCAGUACUCCCAAGAGGGAAACAGUUUGCUGUUGUCCUGGGAACUGCCACCCGUCAGAUUUCGCUGCCACAAAACUGCAGAUGUAUUACUAGUUACAGUUGGACAAAACCCAAGCAAUCACAGCCACAAAAACUGCAACAAAACAGGUGGCUUUCGGUCAAGUCUACAAAAACUGAAUCACAGCAUGCACUGCAGCGAAUCUAUUAUGGAACUCUAGCUCCACGGAUGAAAAUGGUCAAGUUCUUUUCACUGAGCACCAGUUUAGCCGGCUUGGCUGCCCAACCGAUUCUCCUAGAACAGGGAAUGAAAAUCGGAGGAACUGGAAUGGCCGUAUUCCUUUGCACGAUUGGAGGAUUCUUCACCUUCGUUACACCAUUGCUGCUGCACUUCAUCACCAAGAAAUACGUAACGGAGCUGCACUAUAACCCCCAAACGGAGGAAUACACAGCCACAACAAUAUCCUUACUUCUGCAAAAGAUCAAGACGAAAUUCCGAACUAAUGAUGUGGUCGUUCCUGAAGUUCCCGGCAUGUUCACCUCUUUCCUAGUCAACAAACGUCCUCUUUUCGUUGACCCCGCGCUUUUCGAUGAUCCCGAGCACUAUGUUAAGAUCAUGGGCUACGACAAACCCAUCGAUUUUAAAUUGGAUUUAAGCUCAAAUCCAGAAAAAUUCCCAAAAACUAAGGACCAGCAAUAAAAAAUAUAUUCUGGUUGUGGGCUAA